AUGGAGGUGCCUUGGAUUGUGCUAGUACUUUGGAUUGAGGUCACCUUGGGGCAAAGCUACUUGGCGGGCGAGCAUCGUCCACUUUGGAUACUGGAAGAUGGGCUGGCCAAGCGGCAGAGACAGGAUCGCCAAGAAGCGGAUUAUGAGACGACAACCAGGAUAACUCCGCUGAUGAUCCGGCGGCAGGGAAGAGGAAGAGGAGGUGUGGCACCCGAACCCAGACCCGUCACCUUUCUGGUUAGACAUGAAGAUCGGGAUGUGCCUCCGUCUCCUCCGCCUCCUCCUCCUCCUCCUCCUCCAAGACUUCCCCCUUCAUUACCCCAGCGACGCUUCAUGAUGCCCCAUCGCCUGCAGCUGCCCCAUCAGUACGUGCAACCAGCGAUCGCGCAGACCAGGAGUCACCGUCGGCAUCUGCCCGUUUUCGACAAUGGUCCCGGGGAGAAUUCCCUGGAUGACUAUCCCAUUUUCGUUUACAACGGAACCAGGGGGGAGCUGAUACUGAACACCAUGCUGAGUAGGAGGCGAUAUCCCAUGCAGGAGCCGGUUCCCGGUCAAGUGCUCUAUCCCCCCUCGACGCCCAUGUUCCGGCCCAAGCCGAUUGUCCAGCGAUUGCGAGUGCCGGGACAGCAGGAGAUGAUGAACCUGACCCUGAUACCCUUUUACGCACAUGAGGCCAUCGGGGAUCCGGGUCUGACCAGCACCACUAGUGCACCAACGAUCAGAACCACCACGCCCACUCCGCCACCCACUCCGCCGUCCUACGAGACACAGCUGCCCAGGAUCGAGGAGAUGGUGCGGCUGGGCAAGCGGAAAAGGAAGAAGGCCAAGCAAUAUGAAGCCUUCCACUCCCCCCAAGAAGUGAUGCAGUGGCAGACUGUCCUGCGAAGAUCCACUGGGCACAACAGCAACCACCGAGAGUACGCCAGUGGGGAAACGGAACUGGAGGAGCAUCAGGAGCUGGCCGAUCUCGAUGACGAGGAGAUGGGUGAACCAGACUGGCUGGCAGAAGAGGAGGCCGAAACGGAAGUGGAGCUACCUCUGGAGCCAACGGAAACCUCCACUGCCAGCAGCACUGAACCCUUUCGGAUCGUCUAUUUCGAUGAGAGUCUGGAGCGACCAGUGGUGGAGCAGCACCUGACCAGCACCACUUCACCACCACCACCGCCCGUGCGCCAGAGCUCGCGUUACGCACUCAAGAGGGAGUACUACGCCUUCCCGGUUUACACGCUGGGCAAACUGCUCCAAAAUCCAUCCAAGAAGCGGAUCGAGAAGAGGAGCUCGGCGGAACGGGAGCCCAGCACCUGGUUCAUUCUGAAUUCACGCUACAAGGGACCGCACCACCGCUCACUGGGAACGGAUAACCAGACCAGGUACUACACCUCCAAGUACAUUGAGAAUGGCUUCCGACCGCGGAGAUAA